GCGAUUCGCGCGCGAGUUAUCGGGAGUGACGAGCGCCACGCGUUUCUUGCAAGGAUGCGUCGUUAAGCAGUUACCAGAAACCGCGACGAACGUCGUAGUCGUCAGGAGUUGACGCAGCGGAUUCGUGCGAUCGUCGCGCGAUGACCGUUACGAGUCACCGUGUUUUCGGACCACCAGCGGAAUGAUCUCGCGAAUCGACGAAUCGUCAUCGGGAGUGCCGUGAGUGAAUCCGCGCGUGUUUCGUGACGAAACGUUAUGAAGUAGCCGCCGUGAGUCUCGGGGAUCGAGAGGAAUCGAGAGGGAUCAUCGGGUGUUCGUCAGGUUACGGCGUAGUUCGGGAUUCAUCUCGCCGUGUCUUGUGCUUUCGAACCCGGCAAAGUCAGAUGAAAGAAUGAUUUUCCCGCUGAAGAAACCAAUAUGACGUGCAGAACGGAAUCGUCGACGCUCAAGAUUGCGUAAAGUUUCUCACGAGAAAAAUUUCCGCCCGCUCGCCGGAAGUUGCGCUGCAGUCUUGAAUGCAUCCCGAGGAAAGAGAAGAGAGAUCGGCCCGGAAUGGUAUUACCAAGUAGAGAGAAAGAAAGAAGAGAGAGGAAGGGAACGGCGAAAUAUUCUCCCCGUUGUCCUGCCAGGCCUCCGAGCCUCUGCCGGUUUCGGAUGAAAGCAUAAGAAUUAUUAACACCGAAGGCACUCGCGAGACACAGUGAUAUUACGUCGGUUUUCCAAAGGCAGCUGCAGUCGUUGUUACCGCUGCUUACCUGACGAAAAACACUUUCACACACGAUUAAGGUACAAGUACCAAUUCCCGGGCACAUCGGGAAAGAAAUAUAUGGUACACCUAACCAGAACUAUUUAGUUGCAAACAACAUAGUUGCAUCGCCAUUGUUAUGUUUGUUUAAUGGUAACGUACAUGGUUGAGAUAUGACUCAAUUACUUUGGUACACCGAUUACAUCAGUGUAGUUGCGUGUGAUUGUGUCAACCGAAAAUCGGUUGGGAUUGGCAUUUACUAUGGAUACAUUCUGAUUGGAGUAACUAGAUAUCGUCAUUGCUGCAAUAACUCAGCAAUUGCUCUAUGAUUGCAGCAAUUAUAUAACUCAUUGUUCCGCAUUUUCCUGUUGAAUCCAGUUGGCACGACUAGAUUGAUGUGUGAUAAUGUUUUCUCGUGCAACCAAUCCAGGACAUCUUUACUGUUUUGGUCUUUUUAAAUAUGAAUAUUUAAACAGUCAACAUAUAAAAUAUAUACACGUAACAUAAAACGUAUGUACACAUACAUUGAAUAUAUACAUGUAUUCUCUAUGUUGAAAGUUUAAAUGUUCCUAAGUAUUUAAAGACCAAAACAAUAGGAAUGUCCGGGCUUGGGUGUCCGGGUAUUGGUACUUUUACCUCAUCUUCCCAUUAGUUAAGACAACAACAAGCAGUAAUAAUGAUUAUUAUUCUUUUUGUCAUGACAACAAUAAUGAUGAAUACUUUGCCCACGUUUCGGGAUCGAGAGCCUCUUCGGGAGGAUGUUGAAACGCGAGCUAUUACACGGCGAUUCGCACUAACUCGCGGAAAUUGGUGAUGAAUGCACGCGAUGCGCGGUUUAAUUGGAUCGGCAUUUCCGAGAGCUAUCUAUCCACCGGUCGCAACUGGUUCGGCCGAGCCGUUGCGCGUCGAUUGCACUCGUGCGCCCUUAUCAUUAUCACGGCCGAAACACCGGCCGAUUCGGCUUUCGCGCUUUCAUUAUUAACCGAAUCGAUGUCGACGUCGAGCGUCGCCCGCACGAUAUUCCCAGAUGUCCCUCCCGCCUACUUAUCAUUAUACGCAGUAAUAGGAGCACAAUGGUGAAUUCCCGCGGCAGCCGGAUUUCGGACGUGCGUGGCGCACGGGGAUGCCCGACAUUCACGGCGUGAUAGUACGGAUCUCUCUCUGGACGAGAUACACGAUCUUCUGGGAAAUUCAGUUCACUGAAAGCUGGCGCGGCGUUUCUCGGGGCCUUUGACUGCCUUGAUCCACUACUGCAUGGUCGACGACGAAGAAGGGAAAGAGAAGGAGAAGGAAGGGAAACCGAAUCGCCAACGUACUACGUAGGCCUGUUACGCCCAAUGAAUGACGCAUCAGGCGUGUUACGUGCAGUGCGUUCCGUACCGCGCGAGUGUGCACACGUGUUACCUGCGGUCUCGACGCUGCAGAAGCAACAAGAAGAGGGAAAGAGAGAGCAAGACGCGGAUCCUCCUCGGAAACUAUGACGUCCAACAACGUCGUGGUAUUGUGCGCGUUGCUGUUGUGCGGCGCAAUAGGUACCGAAGCGAUACGCUGUUAUCAAUGCAGCACCGACACCGACCCUAAAGGUGAGGACAUUUGCGGUGCUUACACGAAAUUCGACAAGGAGAGGAACGUGCCGAUCGAGUGUAACAGCGAGGAGUCGAGUAUGCCGGGUACCUUCUGCGUGAAGUUGACCGAGCAGAGCCCGCGUGGUUUCAUCUGGGACGGUAGAUGGCGGCAAGUGGUCCGGCGAUGCGCCUCUGUCGCCAGCACUGGAGUGACAGGAGUCUGUAACUGGGGCGUCCGUGAGAAUGGCGUUUUCUGGCAAGAGUGCUAUUGCUCCGAGGACGCAUGUAACGCAGCAUCCAGCUUGUCGCUCGCCACACUGCUCGUCACGACGUGCGCCGUCGCACUCGCGCUAUUUUACUUUAAAAGGAUAUCGCAAAUCAUGAACAUGGUUGCGGAUAGCGGACUGACGCGUUUCGAAAUGUUGAUGCUUGUGGCGAGAUUGACCUGUGUCACAGCGAUCGGAUUUUUCAGCAUGAAGUGGAUCAUGAGUCAGUUGGAUCCGACCAACAGCAGUAAAAAGCGAGCUAAGAAAAAGGCUCGCGAACAAUUACGUAAAUUGGCUGAGACAGACAGUCACGCGCGGUCCUUUGAUUUGGAGCAACUAACAGAUUAUGAGGUAAUAAUAGCCACUCACCUGGUGGACCCAAACGACAUCAAGGUGUCGUGGAACAACAUUGCUGGUCUGGAGAACGUCAUUCAAGAGCUCAAAGAGACUGUUAUAUUGCCCAUAGAAAGGAAGGAGCUGUUUGAGGAUUCCCAGCUAACGCAAGCUCCCAAGGGAGUAUUGUUGCAUGGCCCACCAGGUUGUGGCAAGACCAUGAUCGCAAAGGCUACCGCUAAAGAGACAAAGACACGCUUUAUAAACCUGGAUGUUAGCAUCCUUACUGACAAAUGGUAUGGAGAGAGUCAGAAACUAACUGCUGCUGUUUUCUCUUUAGCAGUAAAGCUGCAGCCUUGCAUCGUCUUCAUCGAUGAGAUUGAUUCGUUCUUGAGAGUGCGCAAUACGCAAGACCAUGAAGCUACGGCGAUGAUGAAGGCUCAGUUCAUGUCCCUAUGGGACGGUUUGAUAACCGAUCCUUCGUGUACGGUAAUUAUAAUGGGAGCCACUAACAGACCUCAGGAUUUAGAUAGAGCAAUUCUGCGGCGUAUGCCAGCGACUUUCCACAUUGGCUUACCGAAUGAACAACAACGAUUAGACGUGUUGAAGUUAAUACUGCGGAACGAACCGAUAGCUGAUAACGUGGAGAUCUCGACUUUGGCAAGGCAAACCGAAGGCUUUUCCGGAUCGGAUCUACAAGAGCUUUGUCGGAACGCAUCCAUCUAUCGUAUUAGAGAUUACCUACACACGCACGAUGGGUCCAGCUCAUCGCAUGCUGCAGACGAAGAGGAGUAUCACGACGCAGUACGGCCCAUUACGAUGGAGGAUCUACUCAAGUCGUUCAAAAACAUGCGAAUGUCGAAACUGCACACGGGCAUAUUCGGCGCGGCGAAGCCACCGGAACUAGAUUAAAGAAAGAAAAAAAGGAAAAAUUGUUCCGAUGUAUCGUUAGUUGUCUAUGAAUCCUUCUGACGAUUUUUCACGUUGUAUUGACUUGCAAUGUGAGAUUCUAUUUUGCGUUGAUUUCCUUCCGGUUAGUAAAUGUUAGGUUAGUAAAUUUUUAUCGGCUUUAUCCGGAGAUAUGUUGGAGUAGUUUAAAGAAUCAUAAUUUAGAUAGCAUUUCAACCAUUUCACGAUAAAAAGAAAAGACAUCGUAUAGAUAAAUUUUUUAAUGAGAUAAAAUGAAGCUAUGCUCGAUGAGGAAUAUCGUGACAUCAAACUUGCACGAUAAUAACGUAUGACAAAAGAGAGCAAGUUAGGAAAAGAGAGAGAGAGAGAAUAAUGAUAUAUAUUCAGAUAUUUAUGUUUGCGCGAAGAAAUCUCAGUUUUCUAUGAUAUUUUAAAUGCUAUCCUGCAUUUAUGUUUCUGCAAAAUUAUUCAAUUCAGAAUGAUAUAAUUUAUUUUGAAAUUAGAAAUAUAAUAAUAUAUACGCCCAAAGUCUCUAUCAUAUGCAUCGAAUGUACAAUAGUAUUAAAUUACGAGAAGAGUUCAUUUAUUUAGAUAGAACGAUUUUGAAUAAUGCUCAGCCUGUGUGAUAGGUUGAGCCGAUAAAGGAAACGAUAAGUUUCGUUUAUUGUUAGUUAUAUCGUUCAGAUCGACACAAAAGCGACACGCGUACGGUUUUAUGCGUUCGCUCGUUUGAGUCCGGAAAUCUGAGGCUCCAGUGUACCUUAUUCUUAUAACAUAAUCUUACAUGUAACGCAUUUGAUCGGUUUAAGAAGUGGCACACAAAAUGCAUUUCCGUCAUAAAUAAAUUAACAUUUAAAUUAAAAACUGGAACUAUAAACUGGAAUUAUGAAAAUUAUUUAUAUUAAAACUAAAUUAUUGAUAUGAUCUCUCUAGUAUUUAAUUAUUCGAGUAUAUUUAGAUCGCGAUAUCGUUCGUAUAUUUUGUACUUUAAAUAUAGAGAGGCAUUUAGGAGGAUAUAAAGAAAAAAGAAAUCUUAAGAUAUUUUUAAGUCGAACAUGUUACAUAUCGAAAAAGGAUUCUUUUGUGUCUCAGUUUCAAUUUCAGCUGUAAUCACGCGCGUUUUAUGUAAUACAAAUGCACAUUGAUAUAUUUUCCUCUUUCUUCCAAUCUUCUAUUUUUCUUUUCUUUUUACAAGCUGUUACGGACACGACCUUAACAUUUAUGUGCCAUUCGCGAUUUUAUUUCAGACCGGCGAUUAUGCCUUAACACUUAGUGCGAUUAUGAUUUUCAAUUGUCCGGAUAUUAAAGAGUACGAUUACGAAUCGUAAUGUACUUAACAAUAUAAAUGUUAAAACAUAUAUGCCGAUCUUGUACAUAUAUGUAAAAAAAGCAAAAUACACAGUACAUUGUUUAAUAUAGAAGUUAUCAAGAAACGCUCAUUUCAGACUUUAUUCAGCAACAAUUAACUUAAUUGGGGAAUUGCUCCAUUGUUAUCACUUUAAUGCAACAUAAAAUAAGAAAAUAUUGAAAGAGCACUGAGAUUACGCCAAAAAAAAAAGAAUAAAUUUGCAAAACAUUUCGAGAUUAAGCGCCAAAAACAAGUGGAUAAUAUGAAAUAUGUAUAUAUGUAGUUAAUGGAAAACAAAGCAGAGAAAUGUGUGACAGUGAACGUGACAAGCAUUGAAAUAAAAACGGAAGAGAGAGAA